GAGACGCCAUCUAGUUAACCAUUCCGUGUUUUCCUUUUAUAAACGAGUAAUUAAACCAGUAAAUUAAUCUUGAAGGAUAUUAAAAGAUAGAUUAAACCUUCUAGAAUGCCAUCAGAUAUAGAAGAACAGGAAUAUCCAGAGGAGGAGGAGCAAGAAGCAGAAGGGGAAGAGGGAGAAGAGGAACAAGGAGACUCAAAUGAAGAGGAACAAGAUGAAGAAUGGGGAGGGAAGAGGAAGAGGAAGAAGAGCAAGAAGCGCAAGUCAUCCCGGGGCGAACGGGGACGCAAGAAACGCAAGAAGAAGGACGAGAGCGAGAGCGAAGGGAAUAUGAAGAAGAUGGCCUCUACUCAGACUACCAGGAGGAGAGCCGAGGUCCGUCGAGGCCGCAGUGUGCGAGAGCUUUGGCCUAAACGACGCCAACUGGAGUACACGGAGAAUGACUACCAGACCCUAACGACCUAUAAACUCUUCCAACAGCACGUGAGGCCGCUAUUGGCUAAGGAGAACCCCAGAAGUAAGAAAUUGGUUGAUGAUUUUGCUGAAAUGUUGAGUUUUGACCUUUAUGCCCUUAUGGUGUGA